AUGUCUUCAUCGUCUACUGGAACGCUUCCUCCCAUUCAUGAUUUGGCUCCUCUCAUGAGGAAUCCAAAUAAUCCAGUUGUAUUUUUCGAUGUUAGUAUUGGAGGUCAUGCAGCAGGAAGAAUUAAAAUUGAAUUAUAUGCAGAUGUGGUACCCAAGACUGCUGAGAAUUUCCGACAGUUUUGCACUGGAGAGCAUUUAAAGAAUUCAAUUCCGACAGGAUAUAAAGGAUGUUCAUUUCAUAGAGUCAUUAAAGAUUUCAUGAUUCAAGGAGGAGAUUUUGUGAAUGGAGAUGGAACAGGAUCAUACUCAAUUUUCGGAUCAAAUCAAUUCGAUGAUGAAAAUUUUACUUUGAAACAUGAUCGCCCUGGAAUAGUGUCCAUGGCCAAUAGUGGACCCAAUACAAACGGAUGUCAAUUCUUUAUUACAACCACAAAAACUCCAUGGCUUGAUGGUAAACAUGUUGUUAUUGGAGCUGUUUUGAAAGGUUUUGAAGUUGUCAGAAAAGUGGAGGCUGUUGCUGUCUAUGGUAAAUCAAAUAAGCCAAAAGUAUCCUGUGUGAUUACAGAAUGUGGAGAGUUAUAG